AUGGCUUCUGGUACUUCUGUAGACAAAAACUCAAGUCGAAAAAGAAAGCUUGAAGAUGAACAUAGAAAAUUUCAAGAAAUAUGGACAGAUAAAUAUUUCUUUGUGGAAAACAGUGAAAAAAAACUCAUUUGCUUGAUAUGUCAGAAUAGUGUGGCCGUUUGUAAGGAAUACAAUUUGCAAAGGCAUUAUCUGACAAAGCACAAGCCUUAUGAAAAAUUUGUUGGUGAACUAAGAAAGCAGAAAAUUAAAUCACUAAUGCAAGGUUUUCAUGUGCAGAAAAAUAUGUUUAUUCAGAAAAAUAAAGAGGCACAGGACGUAACAGAAGUGAGUUAUGAAAUUGCAAACCUGAUUGCUAAACAUUCCAAGGCAUUUUCAGAGGGGGAUUUCAUUAAAAAGUGUAUUCUACUUGCUGCUCAAAAACUUUCUCCAGAUGUUUUGAAAAAGUUUGAGAAUAUCAGUUUGAAUCGUAUGACAGUGCAACGUCGUAUUGUUGAUUUGUCGGGUGAUAUAGUAGACCAGUUGAAGGAGAAAAGUAAACAAUUUGUGUACUUCUCCCUAGCCACUGAUGAAUCUACUGAUGUUACAUCUACGGCUCAGCUACUUGUAUUUGUACGUGGUGUGACAGAGGACUUUUCUAUUCAUGAGGAACUCGUAGGGCUCAGUUCAUUGAAGUGGCAGACAACUGGUAGUGAUUUACUUAAUGAACGUUUAGAACAAAUUUCAGUAAUUGAGUUAGAUUUGGACAAGUUAGUAGGAAUAUCAACUGAUGGGGCUCCUGCAAUGAUAGGCAAGCAGAAUGGAUUGGUGCAGCUAUUGAUUAAACACCUUGGAGAGCGAAAAUAUGAACUGAAACAAUUUCAUUGCAUAAUACAUCAACAAAAUUUGUGUGGAAAAGAACUGGACUUUGAUCAUGUAAUGAAAGUUGUAGUUUCUACAGUCAAUUUUAUCAAGUCACGCUCAGCUUUGCAUCACCGGCAAUUCAAGCAAUUUCUUGAUGAAAUUGAAGCAGAAUAUGGCGAUUUAGUGUUUUUCAAUCAAUUACAGAUAGUUAAAGGAGAGUUAGGACACUUCCCAAAUUACAAACUUGUGUGA